AUGUGUCCGCAGCUGAAGCAGCCACAGCAGGAGUGGCAUUUCCACCCCCCAGCCAAAUCAGCAUGGGGAACGCUUGUCGACGAAGGGACGUUCGACAUUGAUGUCAGUGUGCCUGAUCUGCCGUCCGUAGGCGUAGUCAUCAAAGGGGUGUAUCCCAAGGGCUAUCCAAAGCAUCCCGUUCAGAUAACACUGGCAUCGCCUCGAAACCUAUCGCCUGAGCAUGUCAAGCAGCUCCACCAUGUGCUACAGAGCAAGGCGAAAGCAAAGAUUGGAGAAGCGAUGGUGUACGAGGUGAUAGAGUGUUGCCGAGACUGGAUGAGCGAGAACCACCUCAAACUACCGGAAUCCCUGGAGGGCGUGCUGAAUCUGAUGGAGCAGAAGGCACAGCGGGAGCAGGCCCAGCGAGAUGCUGAGCAGGAACGCCUAGAGGCCGAGCGCAAAGAGUUCGAAGCCGUCGCUGCGGCGGAACAGCGUCAACUCUCGGAGCAGAUCCAACUGGAUGCGACUCGAAAGACGCAGCGUGUCAAACAGGCGGAACAGGAGGCGGACGCCAAGAGGAAGCGAGAGAUCCUGGCAGGAGUCGGGGAUGGAGAGCUGGAGAGCCGGAUCUUGGCAAUGGAUGAGGAGGUACAGGUCGAGGGGUAUCAGGGGAGCUGGAGGACCUGGGUGCUGUUUGGCGGGAAAAAGGAGGAAAUGUGGACCACAUACUCGGCGGAGCCAAACGUCGCCUCGGGUUCCGGCUCUUCGUCCUUCAUCCGGGCAACGCUCCCUACAGUCUCGGUCCACGUCGUCGACUUUGCCAGCUCGUACUACUCGACAAAAGCGGACGAGACGGUCAGCCAGGGGACGAAGAAGAUCGAUGCGCUCGCGAAUGAGAUCUCGCGGCUGCGGAGCGUCCGCUGCGAGAAUGUCGUCCCCAUCUUGGCGGUCAAGCGGGGGAAGAGCCCGAAAGGAUGGGAGCGGCUCAUGAUCAUGACGGAGCAGGUUGGGGAUGGCGGAAGGCUUAGGGAGUGGUUGCCAAAGGAGGGAUUUGGGGAGACCACAGCCCGGGUCUACCUCUCGCAUCUACUCGAUGGACUCGCCGAGAUCCACCGGAACAAAGCUACACAAAAGCAGAUCAAUCCGGACAACGUCCUACUUUGUGCCAGCGGACCCGGGGCGCAGACCAUCAAAAUCGCCGGUACAUCCUUCGCACGGCGCAUCGGCGAUCUGCACCUCUCCAAUCCCUUCCUUAAAAGUUAUACCGACCCCAUCCCCGAGUCAUGGAAGAGCCCAGACGAGCUGGAAGCGCCGCACGACUAUAUUCCGAAGCGGGACAUUUGGCUCGCUGCCCUCCUCUUCCUCCAACUCGUCUUUGGGCAGCAAUGCCUGGCGGUGUACCCCCGGCUCGACGUUCUCUUGCAGCACUCGACACUGUCGGACCCCACGAUCGACUUGCUGUCAGCCAUGAUGCACGCGAAUCCCAAAAAGCGGCUGUCGGCGGAGGACGCCAUCAGUCGGCUGAAGCAACCGGGCGGGCCCAGCUUGACGGUUCUCGGCAGAUCCACCUCAUCUACCGGCGCAAUGCACAGUCCCAGCGAUAUCCUAGGUACAUCCCCAAACUUUCUUCGGCCGGGCUCGUACUUCUCCCAGUCCACCGCUCCUCGCCAAUCGCGGUACCGGGAAGACUUUGUCGAAGUUGAGUUCCUCGGGAAGGGCGGAUUCGGCGAGGUGGUCAAGGCGCGGAACAAGCUGGACUCACGGGUCUACGCGAUCAAGAAGGUCAAGCUGCGUCAAGGGGAUGACGAGCAGAGGGUGUAUCGGGAGGUGCAGAACAUGUCGGGGGUCAACCACCAGCAUAUCGUCCGGUACUUUACCUGCUGGCUGGAGGACGUACAGCCGCCGCCCGAGGUGGAUGAGGAAUCGGAAUCGGGCGCCGAGUCGGCUGAAACCGAGACGCCCGGAACGGAUGAUGAGGCGAUGUUUAAGUUCGAUAUCAACGACAUGUCUUUCUCUCGGCCGGAACGGUCACAGAGCGCUUCUUUCCCCUCGGUACGCUUUGCCAAUUCUAACGAAGACGAGGAUGAGGAGGUGGACGACGAUGAAAGCAGCGACUCGGACGCGGACUCGGACGGGACAAUACCGGACCCCUCAUCUCGCCCGCGUGGUCGUACGGUUGCGCGGUCCAAUAUCCCGCCAAAGCCGUCCAUGUCGGUGACGGAUACCACGUCCGAGGCUCACGUCGUCAAGACGAUCCUCUACAUCGCGAUGGAGUACGUCGAGAAGCAGACUCUGCGGGAGUUGAUCACAGCCGGAAUCACGGAGGAGGAGGGAUGGACCCUGCUUAAGCAGAUCCUGGAGGCUCUCGCGCAUCUGGCGAGCAUCAAGGUGGUGCAUCGGGAUCUCAAACCGGGUAAUAUCCUCAUCAACUCGCAUAAUCAGGUCAAGAUCGCCGACUUUGGUCUUUCCACCACGGACAUGACGGCGGUCGACCCCGGGCACAUUGGCAGUCUUGACCCCGGCAUCCCUGGGGUCGAGCUGGACCGGACAUCGAACAUUGGUACGGGCCUAUACAUCGCUCCCGAGGUGGCGGUCUCUCGGUCAUACGACGAGAAGGCAGACAUGUACUCGCUGGGAGUCAUCUUUUUCGAAAUGUGCUUUCAUUUCGAUACCCAGAUGGAGCGGGCGCAGAUUCUCACUGCCAUCCGGCUGCCGAGCGUCACCUUUCCCCCGACAUGGGUGGAGAAGGCGGACCAAAAGAAGAUCGUGACGAUGCUGUUGCAGCAUGAUCCGGCGAUGCGGCCAACUGCGGGGCAGCUUCUUCGGGACCCGCUCCUCCCAAAUCCGGAACGGGAUCAGCAGAAGUACGACGAGGCCAUCACAGAGGUGUCCAAUCCUGCAUCCUCCUACUAUCCGCAGCUCGUCACCGCGCUCUUUGACCCGGAGCGUCGUACAUACUCGACCGCGGCGGACAAUCGGCUCGACGACUAUACGUACGACAAUCCGCACGACGACGACCUCCAGGUCUGGAUCACGGUGGUCCAGCAGCGCCUCGUCCAGCUAUUCCAGCGCCAUGGAGCCGUUGAGACCCAUCUACCCCUCUUGAUACCGGACACCACCCUCCUCAGUGCCUUCCGGCCGCCCGGGAAACCUGCCAAAAUGCUAGACGCAAGCGGGAAACUCACUCGCCUCCCCGUGUCGAACCUCCUCGGUAUGGCGCGGAACGCCACUCGUCGGCAGAUCGAGCGGAUCAAGCGGUAUCACAUCGGUGAGCGGUACGUGGCGGAGUUUGAGGGUCAGCCCACCGUCCAUGGGGAGCUGAGCUUCGACAUCAUCUCCCCUAUCCGCUCACCUGCGGCCGAGGCGGAGUUGCUGGACCUUAUUGACAAGGUCCUGGCGGAGUUUAAAGACGGUAAGACGUCAGCUUUUGCCGAGUACGACCUGCACGUCAGCCAUGAAGGCGUGCUUGCUACCAUGCUGGGUGCGGUACCCGAGAAGCAGCGAGGGGACGUCGCGCAGCUGUUCUGGGACUCUGGGUCAGCCUGGACCAAGGAGUCCAAAGCCAAGCUCAGCGGGCUGGCCGGUAUUCCCAAGACCCUGCUAGACGAAAUCGACCAGUGCUGCCUCGUCGACGAGGUGCACGUCGUACGUGCCAAGCUCGAGAACAUCUUCACGUCCGCUUCGUCCCGCCGUCGUCUGGCUCCCGCGCUCGAGGAGCUCGAGACCGUCCUCCAACUCGCUAAGGCCGCGGGCGUCUCCCGGCGCAUCCUGUUCCGGCCUACCAUGUCCCGCCAUGCCGACUACUUCCGCGGCGGAUUCAUGUUCGAAUGUGUCCGCCGCGGCAAGUCGCGCGACAUCCUGGCGUACGGUGGGCGAUACGACACCCUCCUAUCUCACUUCAAAGACCCAGCCAAGGACUUUCCCGCUCGCCAGGUCUUUGGCGUGGGCAUGUCACUCUCGACCGACGUCCUCGCUCGGACGGUCAAAAAGUACGAGUCGGCGCUAUCGGCGCGCCUGAUGAACAAGGAGGCGGAGAUGGAGCGGUCCUUUGGGUUCUGGACGCCGGCGAGGUGCGAUGUGUACGUUGUGGCUGCGGGGUUGGACCUGUCGGGGCGAAUGGCGUUGACCGGGGAGUUGUGGCGAGCUGGUAUCGGGGCGGACAUGCAGUACGAUGAUGACAGGAGUCAGAUCGAGGUCGAGCGGGAGUGUCUUGACCAGAACACCCUGUUCCUACUUGUACCGCGCCCCAACAGACAGGCCGUGAAAGUCCGACCUAUCCUGAAGAAGGGGGCGGAACAGGACGUCCCUCGUAAUGAGCUGGUGUCCUACCUCCGCGAGAAGGUCAGCGAGCAACGCCGUAUCGAUGCCAGCUACGCCUCGGUCGAUCAGACCGGCGGUACGGCCUACUCUGUGCCUUCGUCGGGCGAUCAAAAAGCCGGUGAGACGGAGAUCAAGCUCGUCUUGCCGCCGGAACCGAACUCUGCGAAGAAUACAAAGGGACGGCCUGUCCGAAAACAUCGGCACACAACCAAGUCAAUCUACUAUGAGAAGGCCGAGGAGUUUGCGACCCGCGUAGGGACACAUUUGCCCGUCAUCGCCAUCGACCUCGAGCCUGCGCUCAUCUCUCGCCUGACCGUCUCGACCGCUUGGGUACAGGAUGACGAGCAGUGGCGAGGCAUUCUGGCGGAGCUCAGGGCCUCGGAGCGGAAGUACGCCGAUACAGUAAGGACGGCCGUUAAGGAUGCGAAGGGCGGGAAUGGUUGGAUCUGGUUGUUUUCUGUCAGAGAGGGGAAGGGAUUCUUGUUACAGACUAGAUAG